AAGAUGGCUUUAAUUGAGAUGAGGGACAUGUGAUGGUAUCUUUCUUUGCAAUCCACAUAUUCAAAGCAAAGUUGCGGGAUAAAGGGGCCUACCUCAAUUGAUUUCUCGAAAGGGAAAUCAACAUUUCGAAAGGAAAGAAAGAAACCAAAAAGCUAAACAAAGAAAAGCUCAAGUAGAGGAAGAGGAGGAGAUAUAUGAAGGAGGUGAUGAUGAUGAUGAUCACUAGCCCUGAAAAUUCCACAAGUGAAGCCAUUUCUCAAGAAUCCAUCAGCAACACCACUAGCCCCAGCUGGAAACUCUACGAGAAUCCAUUUUUUAAAUCACAGAAUCACCAAAAUCAUCAUCAACAACACCAUUACAAAGGCUACAAGCAUAUUCAUAACAUACAUCUUCCUCUCUCAGCUCGAAAGAUCGCAGCUUCUUUCUGGGAUCUAACCUUCUUCAGACCAAUCAUGGAGACUGAGCUGGAUAUUGCUCGAGCACAGAUAAUUGAACUGAAAGCUGAACUUGAUUAUGAACGUAAGGCACGGAAGAAGGUUGAGUCUUUGAAUAAGAGACUGGCUAAAGAACUUGCCGAAGAGAGAAGAGGAAGAGAAGCAAUGGAGAGAGUUUGUGAAGAGCUUGCUGGAGAAAUUUCAUCUGAUAAAGAAGAGAUAAAUCGCAUGAAGAAAGAAAUGGAUGAAGAAAGAAAGAUGCUGAGAAUGGCUGAAGUGUUGAGAGAAGAAAGAGUUCAAAUGAAGCUCACAGAGGCCAAGAUGCUCCUGGAAGAAAAGUUAUUCGAAUUGGAAGAAACUAAAAGAACCCAAACUGAUAAACUUCCCAGAAAUCUUUCAGGAAAUUUUUCCAGGUUCGCUCUGGAAGAGAAAUCUACAGAUGAUAAUAUUGAUUUUGAUUCAAGAGACUCAACAAGAUUAAGCUUGGGUUCAAGUGAGAAGUUGUAUUGCAAUAUUGAUCAUGUGGGUUGUGUUUCCUCCAUGGCAAUCCAGCGAAGAAGAUCAACAGAAGCUGAGAAUCCACACAUAAAGCAAGGGAUUAAAGGGUUCGUUGAAUUUCCCAGAGUUGUCAGAGCAAUUGGAUCCAAAAAUAGAAAUUGGGGAACAAAACUGGAGUGUCAAAAGGCCCAACUCAGGAUUCUACUGAGACACAGGAGUCCAAUCCGAUCCAAUAAUCUUAUUCUGAGCUAAAAGAGAUCAUCAGCAAAGUUUUCCAGAAUUGCCUUGUAUGUCUUCAUUAAUUUUGUUCUUUGUUUACUGGUAAUCUUUGAGUUUUUUUUCCAUCUUGUCUUGCUCCUGGAAGCUUUAAUUAUACUUAAGGUUUGAGUUUAUUAUUGCAUUUUACAGACUUGGAAAUUAAAAGUGUGUUUCUUAGAUCUGUUGAAAUGCUCAUAUGUUGAGCAAAUAGGCUGUAAAUGUUGACUUUUGGAUUGAUCAGCUCGAAGAAUGUGUGGCUAUAAGAUUAAAUUAAAUAUUUUUAGGGAACAGAUGAUCCCAGAGUCCU